UUUAGCAUUACCUGCAUUGCUUUUCUUGAUGUCAUAAUUCUCAGGAGGAUGUUUUUCUGGAGAUUUGAUGCUGGAAAAUGAACUACCUGUUGAAACUGUAUCAGCUCCUGUCUGAGUGCCAACUUGAAUCCGCUCCAAUUUACACAAUCUUGGAAGAUUCUUUACACAACCCUGGAACAUCUGGAUAGCAAAGAUGCAUACAUCAGGAUGCUCUUUAUUGAUUACAGCUUAGCAUUUAAUGGUAUCAUCCCCUCGAAACUAAUCAGUAACCUCCAAGACCUGGGUCUCAAUACUCCCUUGUGCAAUUGGAUCCCGGAUUUCCUCAUUUGCAGACCCCAGUCAAUUAGGAUUGGCAAAAACAUCUCUUCCACAAUCUCCAUCAGCACAGGUGCAACACAGCUCUAUGCUUAGCUCCCUGUUCUACUCGCCUUACACUAAUGACUAUGUGGCUAAGUACAGUUCCAACACCAUAUUCAAGUUUGCUGAUGACACCACUGUUAUGGGCCAUAUCAAAGGUGGCAAUGAAUCAGCAUACAGGGGGAAGAUUCAAAAUUGUCAUAACACACCUUCUUACUCAAUGUCAGGAAGACCAAGGAACUAAUUAUAGAUUUCAGGAGAGGGAAACCUGAGGUCCAUGAGCCAGUCCUGAUCAGAGGAUCAGAGGAGGGGAGAGUCAGUAAUUUUAAAUUCCUGGGUGUCUCUAUCUCAGAAGACCUGUCCUGGGCCCAUCAUAUAAAUAUCUGAAUGGUGUCAAGUUAGGAAAAGGGGAAGUACAACGAGAUCUAGGUGACCUUGUUCAUCAGUCACUGGAAGUAAGCAUGCAGGUACAGCAGGCAGUGAAGAAAGCUAAUGGCAUGUUGGCCUUCAUAACAAGGGGAGUUGAGUAUAGGAGCAAAGAGGUCCUUCUGCAGUUUUACAGGGCCCUGGUGAGACCACACCUGGAGUAUUGUGUACAGUUUUGGUCUCCAAAUUUGAGGAAGGAUGUUCUAGCUAUUGAGGGAGUGCAGCAUAGGUUCAUGAAGUUAAUUCCCGGAUCGGGGAUUGGAGCGACUGGGCUUGUAUACACUGGAAUUUAGAAGGAUGAGAGGGGAUCUGAUUGAAACAUAUAAGAUUAUUAAGGGAUUGGACAUGCUAGAGGCAGGAAACAUGUUCCCGAUGUUGGGGGAGUCCAGAACCAGAGGCCACAGUUUAAGAAUAAGGGGUAGACAAUUUAGAACAGAGUUGAGGAAAAACUUUCACCCAGAGAGUUGUCGUUCUGUGGAAUGCUCUGCCUCAGAAGGCAGUGGAGGCCAAUUCUCUGGAUGCUUUCAAGAAAGAGUUAGAUAGAGCUCUUAAAGAUAGCGGAGUGAAGGGAUAUGGAGAGAAGGCAGGUAAAGAGUACUGAUUGUGGAUGAUCAGCCAUGAUCACAGUGAAUGAUGGUGCUGGUUCAAAGGGCUGAAUGGCCUACUCCUGCACCUAUUGUCUAUUGUCUAUUGAAACUGCGAAGAUUUGACAUGACUUCAAAAACCUUGACAAACUUCUAUAGAUGCAUAGCAGAAAAGUGUAAGGGCUGUGUUAUGGCCUGGCAAAGGAACACCAAUAUCUUUGAACAGAAAAUCCUACAAAAGGUAGUGGAUUUAGCCCAGUACAUCACUGGUAAAGCCCUCUCAACCAUUGAGCACAGCUGCAUGAAAUGCUGUUGUAGGAAAGCAGUAUUAAUCAUUGGAGAUCGCCACCGCCCAGGCCAUGCUCUUUUCUUGCUGCUGCCUUCAGAUAAAAGGUACAAGUGCCUCAGGACUGGACUUGUACCUCCGGGUUCAAGAACAGUUACUUGGCCCUCAAACAUCAGGCUCAUGAACAACAGGAUAAUGUUAUGUAACCGGCCACAAUGAAUAUCAACCGAGCCAGGUUAUAUAAAAACAACCAAACAUUUAUUAAACAUGGAUAAACAAUAAAAAAAACAAACGAAAACCUUAGCCGAAAGUUAACCGCUAUGUGGCCAUUCAACAAAUCGCCACUCGGUACUGGUUCUUAAAGCGAUAAAUGCGAAAACAGUUCUUAAAGCGGUACAGUCAAAUACAGUUCUUAAAUGGUAAAUUUGAAAGUCCAACAGAUUUAUACGUUCAAUUGGGAGAGACUUCUCUGGAGAAGGAUUUCUUCAUAGACGCGACUUUCCUGCAGUUUCUGUCCAAAGGAUUCACGAUGAAGGAAAUAAACGGCAUAAGACAACUGACCUUUAUUUCUAGAGAGCAAAUCUUGCAUGAACUUCCUUGCUCUUUUGGCAGGAGUUAUCUUCGAUGCAGGUCGCUACUUCUUCAACGAAGACUCAAUAAGGUCGAUCCUUUGUUAAACUGCCGAACGAUACCAACUUCUUUUAAUCCUUCAGGUCCUGUACUUCGAUAAAGUCUUCACUCUCCAAUACUACUGAAAAGGUACAUCAACAAAUCUGACAGAAAUGGGUAAACUGCCAGUCCAGCACUAUUGUACCUUACAAUAGAACGUAAAACUCCGUUUUAAAACUGAAACUGUGUCAUUAAAAAAAACACGCAACGGAGCGGAGCCUCAGGCUAACGUUCUAGCUGGAAAAACUAACUGCGUCACCAGGGGUCUUCCCUUUUAUACCCGUGGUGAACAUGUCAGCAUGUGACCUCAUCGGUGGGAAAAUUACAUCAGGUGACCUCCAAAAGACCAUUACAUCAUUCUCACAAGAAAGUCACGAGAUCUCCUUGAGGUCUAUCCUGCUUCGUCGCAUGUGUAGCCUGAUGGGAACAGUGUUCUUAUUACGCUGCGUUACUAUGUUUGUUACCUCGCUCUCUGUUCCUGGCCACCACCUACAGUGUUCUGGAAAAUUGUAUGGAGACAUGUGGGCCAAAUUUCAAAGGGCACUCGCAAUUUGGAGUGGUUUUGGAAUGACACUAACAGGCGUGCAUACUUGUGGAGACUACAUGUUCAGUGGCCAUACGGUUGUCCUCACCAUGCUCAACUUCUUUGUCACGGAAUAUACACCAAGAAGCUGGAACUUCUUGCAUACCUUGUCCUGGGUAAUGAACCUAUUUGGAAUCUUCUUCAUCCUGGCUGCACAUGAACAUUACUCAAUCGAUGUCUUCAUCGCAUUUUAUAUUACCACAAGACUGUUUUUGUACUACCACACAUUAGCCAACACUCGAGCAUAUCAACACAGCCGAAGAGCACGGAUUUGGUUUCCGAUGUUUUCAUUCUUUGAAUGUAAUGUCAAUGGUCCUGUACCAAAUGAAUAUAGUUGGCCUCUUUCUAGACCAAGAUUAUUGAAAAGAUUAAUUGGAUAAGUGGUAAUCUGCCCCACAAGUUACUUUGUUGGACAAACCAAAAAUUAAGGAAGAGUUAACUGGUUUUGUAUAAAAGAUUCACAUAAUCAGUAUAAGGCAAGUACAAAUGUGAAGAGGGUGAGGCUUUUAUAUAGUUGGUGGUUGGUUUGGCUCAUGUUAGGUCUACCAAGUUGAAAUAUUACUUUUCCUUUACCACAAAUGUGUCAACUCCAUCAGCUGGGAAUCUUUCCUGCCAUUGGUGGCCUUGUGUGGUUUGAAAGAGAUGCAGCCACCUGCUAAUGUAAGCUCUCCUGACGUAAGCUAUCUGACCACCUUGGUGGUAAUAUAAAUACAGCAGUAUGCCCACGAGAACUAAUGCUGCUUUUCCUUUCUACCCUGAGGAGAAUGUUUUCAAAUGAAGCCAGUGACUUCUUGUCGUGUUCAAAGGCUGCCAUUCAAAUUGCUCAGCUGGUUUUCUGACAAGUCUUUCUCUACUUGAGGAUAUUUGUUCAAAGAUUCCCUUUGUCAUUGGGUUUGGUUUCAGGGAAAUCUCAUUUUGCACUUGUUUAAGGAAACACUAAAGAAUUGUGGGAAACCUGGAAGAACCUUUUACAAAGUGUCUUCAUUCUACAUUUCCUAUUUCCAUCCUCAUUCUACUAUAUAACCACGGAUGGUAUGCAAUCUGUUCCUAAAGCAAUAAAAGGGUUUUGUCCAAUACUGGUUCCUUUGGGGUAGCCAUCAUUUUUACCUAUACCUGUUCAUUGUAGUAGCAACAACUUCAGUCCUUCCCUCUGUAGACCGUGACAUCAGUAUUAAUUGUGUCAAUUAUCUCUCAGAAAUCUGAUUUAAUGCACUCAAAAAAACACUCAGACCACUUGUAAUAUUUACAAUGUUGUGUAGUUGAUUAGAAUACACUAUUUGCAAUUUAAAAUGUUCGAUUUAUCUAAACCAUAAUUAGGCAUUAUUUAUAAAAUAAUUCAGUAGUUUUUAUCAAUUUAAUUGCUGUUGGAUAGUUUAUGCAAUCCACUGUUAGAAAGGAGAAUCCUUCAUUUCACUUGGGAGAAGUUGUGACUGUACUUCACCUCUGGUGACUUAUCAGAAACACUUCUUACAAGUUGACUUGUAGAUUAGGACAUAUUUUGCUUGUGGACUUGCAAGAUGCCAGGCACAUAUUCCAGUUUGAAAAAUUAAAAAUGAUGAAUGAAUGUGUUUUUGUUUUAACAAUUGUAAGAAAUUGACAAGCCAGGUAACAUUUUCUUUAGUGAGUUGUUAUCAGAUUAAUUUGAUAAGGUGAUAGUAUUAGCAUCAGAGGUAAACUCCCUCAUUCAGUCAGAUCAAGACCGAUCAUUGCUACUUUCCUGAUCUAUCCUGAUAUCCCCUGAUUUCCUUGGUAUCCUGCAAUCUACCGAUCUCUGUUUUGAAUCUCCUUGGUGAUUUCCAUAACCCUCUUGGCUGGAGAAUUCUCGAGAUUCACAACCAAAUAAACUCAUUUCAAUCCCAGAUUGCUGACCGCACCCCCCCCCUUAUUUUGAGAUUGUGAUUGUGGGUCCUGGAAACCCAGCAUCAUUCCAGUAUCCACCAUAUCAAGUGCCAUCAGAAUUCUGUAUGUUUCAUUGAGAUCAUCUCUUAAGUCUAAACUCUUGGGUAUACCAGCCCUUUCAGUUUAAUGCCUGCACUAGGACAAUCCCCUGAAAUGCCUAGAGAGAAUCUGACAAAUCUCUACUGUUCUCCCUCUGCCACUGGCAUAUCCUUGGUAAGGACAAGAUCUGGAUGUGGUACUGUAGAUGGCCGUCUCAUCACAGCUCUGUGCAUUAGCCGAUCCUCCCACUUGGAUCAAGAAGCAAAGCACCCCAGUUUGAUAUUUUUGCUUCAUGCCUUGAUGCAGAGGUUAAUGGCAAGCUCCUGGCACUGUGUGGAACAAUGCAGUGCAGAUACAACAGCUGCUCCUUAAAUGUCACAGAAGUGGAACUGUUGCCUGGUACUGUUCAAAAAUGUGCUGCUGUUAUACAAAAUAAUCAUAGCAUAUUGGAAUUUACCCAAUGUACUAUUCAGUUACCUGGGUAGUAAAUUGAAGAGCAAAGAGUAGAUGAGAUGGUAGAAGUAUUUUAUCGGUAGAGCCAUAUAUGGGAUUUCAUUUAAAUGAAUGAAUAUUGAUUAGCUCAGUGCACGUUUACAUUCCCAUUUCUGUUAAAUGGCAUCUUUUAAAUGAUUCAAAGUUCACAUUCUGUACAGUCUUAAUGUUCAUUCCCCAAACUGGAUGCAAUACAAACCUUUAGAGGACAGUGUCUGCUUGUAGAACUUAGCUGUAGAAGGCUGGCAUGACCGUUGCCAACGACAGAGUGUUUUGCAUGCACUGAGAACUUAGCUACUUAAGUUUCUUUAACAUUACGGAUGUUAGGUAGGUUGCCAAUAACUGGUUGUGCUGUCAUGUGGCUGUCCUACAGAAAGUUGUUUGUAUUUGUCCAUAAAUAUGCCUGAAUGUUUUUGAUAUUGAAUAUGACUUGUGCUGAUCUUCCUUUGUUAGUUAACACAGGUUCCUGUUUUAAUUCAUAAACAGAGCUCUGCAGUGUCACAAGGGAGUAACCUUAUCUGCCCAUUUGUGGAGAAGCAUUUUUCUUCCUUGGCCGUGCUUUGAGCAUCAGCAGCUUUGAUCUGAUGAACUAUCCACAUGGGGUCUCACACUGUUAUCAGCAUUGUAAUUUUAUUUCUUUUGAGAUACUGUGUGACUGCACUGUCUCCUUGUUCUGCCACUAGGUUCCUGUACCUGAUUCAGUGUGACAUUCCCAGGUUGGCUUUCCUCUUCUAUUGUGAUAACAUGAAUUGAGGGACAGUAAUGUUACUAGCUAACAAGCACCCCCUGGCUAUUCAGCUUGGUGCUGAAGGACCUCACACAACUCUGAGCUUCUAAUGAUCACUGAGAUGUACUUACUGAUUGUGGGUUUGUGGGGAACCCUGGUAUUCUUGCAGCGCUGUAGCAUGCACCUUCUUUUGUUCCUCCUCACUGGCGUGUCAUUGGCCAUGUAAAUCUGAUAAAAUCCCAUUUCCAAGGUUUUCAGCUAAUCGUUAGAAGGGCUUUUGGUGGAGGCAUUUGUGGAUGAUUCUGCUCAGGAGAACAUUUUGGGAAGGGGUGGAACUUGAACCUGAGGCAGUUCUCAAAGAGAGGCCUUCUUAGUCCUCUACUAUAAAGAUGAAGCCACACUCAGGUUGGAGGAACAACACCUUAUAUUCCAUCUGGGUAGCCUCCAAUCUGGUGGCAUGAGCAUUGACUUCUCUAACUUCCGUUAAUGCCCCUCCUCCCAUUCUUACCCCAUCCCUUAUUUAUUUAUUUAUUUAUUUAUUUAUUUAUUUAUUAUUUUUCCCUUUUUUCUCUCUCUGUCCCUCUCACAAUAUCUCCUUGCCUACUCUCCACCUUCCUCUGGUGCUCCCCUCCCCCUUUCUUUCUCCCUAGGCCUCCCAACCCAUGAUCCUUUCCCUUCUCCAGCCUUGUAUCCCUUUUGCCAAUCAACUUUCCAGCUCUUAGCUCCAUCCCUCCCCCUCCUGUCUUCUCCUAUCAUUUCUGAUCUCCCCCUCCCGCUCCCACUUUCAAAUCUCUUACUAUCUCUUCUUUCAGUUAGUCCUGACGAAGGGUCUCGGCGCAAAAUGUCAACUAUGCUUCUUCCUAUGGAUGCUGACUGGCCUUCUGUGUUCCACCAGCAUUUUGUGUGUGUUCCUUCCUAAUCAAACAGCAUUCUCAGGGAGCAUAAUGAGGAAUCACUUCAGUCAAAAAUGUUCAGAUCAAACUGUUUUUGUGACACACAAUGUAUUAUGAAAUGAAUUUAUUCUGUGUCUAUCAACUGCACCACGAUCCUUAACUAUCAAUACUUUGACUCCAAAUGUACAAAUUAUUCUGGUCCUGCUGUGUAAAGCCGGGUAAAGGAAACUGCCAAGGAAUAAGGUAAAAAUGUUAGUGACUUUUAAAUUUAAAUGGGCAAAUGUAUUCCAGAUCUUACACUUAAGCUCCAAAGUUUGAGGGAUUGCAAGUGUUUUUUAAUCUCCUGGGUCUGUCUUGUCAUGACCCUGAGCCUCUGACUCCCUACAUCAGAAAGAGCAUCUUGCUGCAAUGAUUUCUUGUAUUCCCUAUUUAGAAAAAAAACACCUCCUUCACUGAUUAAGCUGAAAGUAACAGAAAAGCCAGCAAAGUGAGCUGGUUAGGAAAAGUACUAACCAUUUAUAUAGCGUAAAUCUCAUGGACAGCUCACUGUCUGUUGAGGCCAGUUAGAGAUGCUGAUCCUGCCAGUAUGCCCAUGUCCCAAAAAUGAACUCAUGUUAGUUGUCCUGUCCAAGUGGAUGGAUGAGGUGAAAUAGCCUGGUGUUGAAUAAGGUUGUAAGCUUCAAGAAAACAUUCAAUAUCAAAAAAUCCAAUUUGCUUCAGGUGUGUGUGUGUGUGUGUGUGUGUGAGAGAGAGAGAGAGAGAGAGAGAGAGACACACACACACAUACAUAGUUGGUGAGUGUUUGAGGCAAACCAACAUAAUUAGAUAACCAACGAUAUCAGAAUGUUUUUUCUUACAAACACCAAUUAAUUACCUUUUUAUAAAUUAAAUAGAUAUAAAACAACCCUGUGUUUAAAAAAAAACUCUUAAUAGACUGUUUACUUUUAGGUUUGAAGUACUAUUCAGUAUUACUAAUAUUUAUUAAGUUCAAAUCAGAGGUAUUAAAUGUUUACAUUGGUAUUUUGUUCAAUAAAGGAGCCUGAGUUGGAGCAGCAGUGUUCUGCAGUUCUGUGCAUCAGCUCUGUCUGAUUCCAUCUUUAUAAAUGUUGCCUUUUAUUGGCUUUUGCUGACAUCUAGGUAAAAAUUCCAGAAUGUUUUUCUGUACAAAUUCUCAAUAAAUUUGUU